UGAAAAACCAAAGCUGAGGAAUCCCCAAUCAUCUUAUUCAUAUCGGGGGUUGGGACAUUUUAAAGGGGAUUAAGACAUUAUUCAAAUGUUCGCCGACAAGAUGUGGAAGUUGAGGGAGAUUACAGAUAAAGUUACCAAUGUGGUAAUGAACUACUCGGAGGUUGAGACAAAGGUGCGUGAGGCAACAAGUGAUGAGGCAUGGGGACCCCAUGGUACUUUGAUGCAGGAAAUUGCACGUUACACAUUCACAUAUGAACACUUUCCAGAGGUCAUGGGAAUGUUGUGGAAGCGAAUGCUGCAUGAUAACAAGAAAAACUGGAGGAGAGUGUACAAGUCAUUGCUGUUGCUGACAUAUCUCCUAAAGAAUGGAUCAGAGCGUGUGGUGACAAGCUCCAGGGAACACCUUUAUGACCUCCGAAGUUUAGAGAGUUACACUUUCACAGAUGAGCAUGGAAAAGAUCAGGGAUUAAAUGUUCGACAGAAGGUACAAGAACUUCUAGAAUUUAUUCAGAAUGAUGAAAAGUUACGAGAGGAAAGAAAGAAAGCAAAACGAAACAAAGACAAAUAUAUUGGAGUUGCAGGAGAGAGUUCAAUUGGUGGACGAUACAGUGACCGAUAUGAUGAGGAACCGUCCAAGCGUGACCGUAUGGAUGAGAUUGACGACUGGGACAGUGGUCGGAAGACUAUGGCUGGGGAGGCUGUAGACAAAGUAAAGGGGCUAUGGAACAAAGUCCAGGGCAGAAAGGGACCAGAUGAUGUAGUUGAUUACAGUUCAAGCAAGAUUCCUGCCGCCCGCAGAAGCAGUUUAACAGACUUUAGUGAUGACUUUAAAGAUGACGAUGAAGAAUACACAUCAGUGGAACGCACACACACAACACGCACAGAAAAAAUCACACACAAUAGACGGUCAAGGUCAGCCAAAAAACUUGACCUUGGAGCAGCAUCAACAUAUGGCAAAGACAAAGAUUCUGUAUCUCAGGUUAGUAGCAGCAGUUUAACAAACAAUGGUCCAAGCCUGAUUGACAUGGGUCUAGGUGGAGCCGAUAACUCUCAGGAAACAGCAGAUUUUGCUGACUUCAAGUCUGCCAAUUCAAAUGGAGAUUUCAAUCCCAGGGCUGCUACAUCUCCACAAGGUACAGGAGACUUUGCUGAUUUCUCACAAUUCCAGAGUAGCACAUCCACAGCACCAGCUGGGAAUAGUAACGAGUUUGCAGAUUUUACCGCCUUCAAUGCAGCAGGAGGUGGGUCAUCAACUGCCCAGUCUACCCAGUCUGGAGACAAGGAGCUAUUUGAUAUGUUUGGUGGAGCCAGUGGCGCCAGUGGUGCUGGUGGAGCUAUGCCAACUCAACAAACAUCAAACGUCCCCCUGCAGGCAAUGGGGUCACAACCAAUUGCCCCAAUGAGUGGAAAUUUAAUGAGCCAACCAAUGACAUCAAUGGGGAACUUUGGAGCACAGCCUGUAAUGAUGGGAAUGACCCCAGCUCCCACAGUUCCUAUGCAAGGAAACACAAUGAAUAUGACACCACAGAUGCAGCCUGUUGGUAUGAUGCCAGGAAAUAUGUAUGGAGGCAUGCCAAAUAUGGGCAUGCAGCAGCCCAUGAUGCAAGGCAAUAUGAUGGCACCUGGACUCCAGCCAAUGGGAAGAGGUUACUCAUCUGGUAUGGGAAUGCAAGCAGGAAGUACCAUGAAGUCAGUCUCGAAGGAGGCAAGCUUGUCUAGUACAACUGUAUCUGCCACCCACUCACAAACCACAGUCACCCCUAAGAAGGAUGCCAACACCUGGUCUAAAGAUGCUGGUAAGGUUAACAUUAGUCUGGAUGCUCUAAGCCCUGUCAACAAGUACCAGAAGCAGCAACAGCCAACUAUGAAUCAACUGCAGCAACAAGGCUUAAACCCUAUGGUAUGGAGUCCAGAAAUGGCCCCUGGUCUAGUUUACGCUCCCCCAGGCAUGAACAACCAGAUGGUAGGAAUGACCCAGGGCAUGGCAGGAAUGAGUGUUGGCCAGCCCCAGGGGCAGGUCAUGGGUGGCCAGCCAAUGAUGGGCCAAGGCAUGGGGAUGGCUGUAAAUAUGCAGGGAGGAAUGGGCAUGAUGGGAUCUAUGAAUAUGCAGUCCUCAAUGAUGGCAAUCUUCAUUCCAACAACGAACUGACCAAGCUUUUAGCGCAUUCGGAAACAUGAAGAAAUAAGGAAACAACACUGUUUUAGAAUUGUCAUAAAUAAAUAUAUCGACCAAGCCUUUUUGUUUAGAAAUAUUCUUUGUGAUGUUUCUUUAGUGUAAGUGGUAAAGAAGGGAAAAAAAAUAACAGAUGGAAUCUCCCAGAGUGAAAAAGAUAUUUUGUUGGGUUAUUCUGUACAACUCUUUACUCCAAACAUUGAAUACAAUGUCAUUGUAUGAAGGAGCCAAACUGAAGGAACGUAUUAUCUCGGACCAAGUGAGGCAAGUGGAGGAGAAGAGAGAUUUGCAAACAUAUUAAACAUGUGACUAUCAUUCCACCAACACAAUAUCUAAACAGGAGAACAAACCUAGUGAUGAUUGAUGUAAGGCACAUACAGUUUGUGCCUAUGGCGUGAAAUAUACUGUGAUAAACCUACUCCUUUUAGUGGGAGACAUUUUAGAUCUUCUCACCUGUGUUUAAGGCAAAAUCAUAUGGUUUUGUGAGUUCUGGUUUAGCUGCAUGGGCUGGGUUUAUGUUGGGAGAUAUUCUUCUAAGUUAGGAAUAUCUGGAGUGCAGACUGUAAAGGUAGGAAGGGAAGGUCAUUUCAUUCAUCAACAAUAGUGUGUUUGUUGGGAUAAAAGAUCAUUAAUCCUUGUUGUACAUAAAAAAUCUUGUGUAAAAAUCAGAUAAUAUGAUAAAAUAUUUAAAGAAAAACAUGUAUAUAACAAUCUUUUUAAGUUAAUUAACUUGUAGGUCAAUUAGAAACGAUGACAGUGCAUUGGAAAAAUCCACAGAGCUGCAGAAAUUUUGUCCAGAAUUUUUGUAUGGAAUAAUUGAAUUUACAGAAUAUUGGGCAUGAAAACAAACCAAUGAAAUUGCAAAACAAGCACUUAAGAGCAGAUAGAUAUGUGAGGAAUACAGACUUCAUUACAUUAUUCUCUGCCAAAUCUUAAGUCUUUAAGUUAUGACAGCUGCUAUAAUGUAUGCAUAUUAUAUCAUGUUUCAAUACCAAGUUUGUUGGUUACAAUCUUGCAUGUGCUAUAAAGUGGAAUGCACUGUAAAUUUGGUGUUUAAAAAGAAAGAAAAUAUAUGUUUAAUGUUUGGAUGUACAUGUAUUUGUAAAAUAUUGAUUAUUUUUUUACAAGAAAAGAGUUAUUUAACAAUCAGUGAGAGCUGGUACAUUAUUUAAUAUUAUCGAUACAACAUGCAAGUGCUUUUUCCUGUUUUCUAUUAUGUUGGGCUGAGCAAAAUUCAUGGAUCCCUAGAAAGGUAUUUGUAGAUUUAGUACAGACUUUGUUAUAUACAGUUCUUGUAAUCCAAUUUUCCUUCCAGUGAAGGUAUAUUAGAGUUGACAGGAAGAAUCCUAACACUUGUAUGUUAGAUUACAGUCCACACUAUUGAUACGUAUGAAAAUAUUGGGUGUUUUUUUCAACCUAGGUUUGAAAUCGUCUGAUGAUCAGUAUAGCUAAAGUUUUGAUAAGUUCCUGUAAUUCUCUAUAAAGAUUAACAUUGUCUUCUGAUAGCAACCACAAUUACAUUAUCAUUCAAUAAUAACAGAGAUCAUUUUCAUUCCUGAAAUCAAUUAAUGUGGCUCUAAUGUUUUCUAAAAAACAUGUAUGUGAUCAGUUAUUACAUUGUCAAGACAUAUAGUUAGAAACACACGAGUCAUGUGAUCUGUUAAUGGCAUGGCCAAGUCAUGUGAUCAGUUAAUAGCAUAGCCAAGUCAUGUGAUCAGUUAUACUGUUCAUGUGAUCAGUUAUGACAUGGCCAAGUCAUGUGAUCUGUUAAUGGCAUGGCCAAGUCAUGUGAUCAGUUAAUAGCAUAGCCAAGUCAUGUGAUCAGUUAAUAGCAUAGCCAAGUCUUGUUAUAAUUUAAUAGCAUAGCAAAGUUAUGUGAUCAGUUAAUACCAUAGCAAAGUCAUGUUAUAAGUUAAUAGCAUAGCCAAGUCAUGUGAUCAGUUAAUAGCAUAGCCAAGUCAUGUGAUCAGUUAUACUGUUCAUGUGAUCAGUUAUGACAUGGCCAAGUCAUGUGAUCAGUUAAUAGCAUAGCCAAGUCAUGUGAUCAGUUAUACUGUUCAUGUGAUCAGUUAUGACAUGGCCAAGUCAUGUGAUCAUUUAUUAUAUAAUUAUGACAUGGCAAAGAUGUGAUCAGAUAUGCACAAGUCAUGUGAUUAAUUAUGACAUAGCGAAGCCAUGUGAUCAUGAUAUAGUAAACUCAAUUUAUUUUCAGCAAUUGUGAAACAAGUUAAUGGAACAAAUACUAAUCACUCUUUGUUGGCCCGGAUGAAAGCCCACAAAGGGUUUUGUUGUGGAAAGUAACUGAAGUGCCCAGAGAAAAUCCAUGUGGUGGGGCAGGUGACUCCUCUCCUUUUCACAUUCAUUCCCGAAAUCGAACCCGGAUGGUUAGGUGAAAGGCGAGAUGGUUACCACUGCACCACUUGAUCAACCUGCAUGGUGUCAUCUAACUAGUGAUCACUCAGACAGACAAUAAAAAUGUAAUAAAUAGGACAAAAAAGUUAUACUUGUAUUUUAAAGUAUAUCCUACAUCUGAAGUCUAUGACCUUCAGAUUGUAGCAGAAUAUGGAGGUCCAAACGCUAUACAUCAGAGUAAAUAUAAUAUUAUUGGUAGACACAGUGAUAAUAUAAAGAGAUAGUUAGUCUAAAUGUGUCACUAGACUUCUGUACAUGUAUCACAUUUGUGAAUAUUGUAAUAAACAGACAACAGUGUUAAUUAUAAUACAAAGACGUACUAGUAGUGAAUCAGAGCUAAGGGAUCUGAAAUACGUAUUGUUAUUUAAGUGAUAUAGUCUAAGAGAGUAUUAUUUCAAUUUUCUUUGUUUUACUAGUAUUUACAUGUCUUCUGUUUGUAUAUAUGUAAAUCUUGUUGAUAUUUUUAGUCCAAAGUGAUAAAAACAGUGUAUGAUUUUUUCUGAUGGAUCUCUGAAGGAUUUGUAUGUAAUUAUUUGUAUGUGUCCAAGUCAGAGCAUGCCAUACGUGUACUUAAUUGAUGAACUGAUUCUACAGGCAAGAGUCCAGCAAAUCCUUACACAAUAACAGAUACACACUGAUAAAGCACUCUGAGCAUUUUUUAAGGAGAAGAAAUAAAAAGAAGGAUUCCUAUUUUUCAGAUAUUUUCCAAAGUGACAAGUUUUAGAUAUAGUGAAUAUAUUAUGGGUGACACUAGUCUACCACAGAUACCUCUUUUCUGCCUCCUCCCAGUGCAAUAUGUGUGCUCAUGUCAUUUAACUCUGCUGUAGCAUCUACAGUGUAUGUUCAUCACAUUAAGUAGCUCCAGGGAGAUUUUCGUUAGAAGUAAGCUAAUCAGAUAUACAGGAAUGGAUUUUCACCAUUAAAACACUACAGACUGUGCUAAAUUUCAGCAUUUCUACACAUAUUUUUCCUGAAACUUCAUUUUCUAUUAGCUUCUAGCUCCACUAUGUUACAUUACCAUUCAGGUAUUUUUUAUUUUUCAAAACAUUUAUCUUGAUAAGAGUUAAUUUUACAGAAUUGGUACCUUGAGACAUCUAUGCUUAAGUUUAUUACUGCCCUCCUUUUUUAAAAUCUCUACUAUUGAUAAUUAUUUAAGGGACCAGUCAGUUCAAACUCUUUGUUCACCACCAUUACAGAAUAUAUAUGAUGUUCUGAGUCACCCUUGUAUGAUCUUUCCAGAUCAUUUGAUAGUUAGCCACCUCAGUACUAUCAACAAUACCAGUCAAUAUAUACAAUCUGAUAUUGUUAUUGGCAGUCUAAGCAUAAACGUUUCAAACCAAACUCUGAUCAAAAUUUGUAUAUUAGAAUACCUGUCUUAGUUUUAGCUGCCCUAGUUGUCACUGUUACCUGUCAGUAUCCAUGUUAACAUGAUUAAGAGGUUGGUACACUUUUUGCUCUUUAUCAUUAAUUUACUUACACCUGUAUAUAUAUAAACUUGUACAAACUGUAUGUCUGUUGUUAUUGAUGAUACAUUGUGCUGUUAAUGGUAGCACAGGUUGUUCAUGUGUGAAUGAAUAAAAGAUAAAUGU